AUGUGUGAUUUGCGCGUCAGGGAUCUCAAGGAGUCAGUCACCUCGGAGGAAGUGAAGGAAGCUGUGGUAGCUGUUGGGGGAUGUCGUCCGGCCGACGUUCAGGUCGGACGAGCUCGCGCGUCCUCCAAUCGGCUAUUUACAGUCUGGGUCCGGUGUCCCGUCGCCGCCGCACGCAAGGUGGUGGGCGCCGGAUUCAUGAUGGUAGGAUUGGUGCAGGUGCAGAUCGAGGUCUUGGAGCGCCGCCCCCUGCAAUGUUACAAGUGCCUCCUGCGCGUGCAUGUCAUUGCGACAUGCACUUACACCACGCCAGAGGAAGACCGCAGGGACCGGUGUGGCGGCAAGAGACACAGGUCGACGGAGUGCACAGCGGCGGUUAAAUGCCCGCUGUGUUCGGACCUCGGCCGGCCUGCGACCCAUCAAUGUGGAGGCAAAGCCUGUGCCCCGAUCCUCCGCAAAGGGAAGCGCGGUGCAAAACAGGCUGCUGGGGGGAAAAAGUCUACCCCUUCCCCCACGCCAGAAAAAGCACCUGCUGCCGUUUCAGUUGCGACAGCAAAAAACGUGGCAGAGGUGGCUAGCCAGCACACUCCCGCCAGCAGUAGUGCCCUGGAAGAGACGGCGAUAGAGGUAGAGGUGCCACCGACUUUGCAAUGA